AUGUCGCAGAAGCUUGGAGCACACAAGUUGGCAAUGGAGGGGAACGUGCAGCAAAAAAGCACUCCGCUAACUCGGGAGCUUACGCGGAUUUUCAGCAGUUACAAUAAACACUCCGUUCUGCUCAAGAAGAACCUCAAAGAGACCAAUACCUUCUUCCGGGAAAUCAGACAGAACUACAGCAAUGCGUGUGCAUCAGCCAUGAGCUCGGAGUCAGCUUCCCUGGAGGCAGGACAAUUGAGCUGUAUUGCUUUUCCCAGUCAUGAAGAAGAGUUCCUACGCAACACUGUGGGUGCUGCCCCAUACAUUUUGGUACUGGGCCAGAAUUGCACUGCCCGCUACCAGCUGCUCAACUGUUUGCUGGGAGAGAGACUGCUGCCGCUGGGUCCCGAGGCCGGCGAGGCUUGCGGAGGCGUCCAGGGCACUGCGUGCAAAAGACGUAAGUUAUGUUUCACCCACGGGAGACAGACACGACUCAGUCUGGCCCUGCCUGGCCAGUAUGAACUGGUGCACCAGUUGGCGGCGAACCGUGGCCGUUGGGAUACGGUGCCCCGUGAAGACUUGGAGAUCCACGAGGAAUGUGAAGACCCAGCACACAGGCUCGCUGAGCUGGAGAUCACCCUGCAUCACCCUUUACUUCAGGAGGCAAAAGUCAUGGUGGUGCCCUGUGCGAGUGUCCAACCCAUGGAGGAGGCCUUAGAAGACUGCACUCGAAAUGUCAUCCCGAUUAUACUGUAUGCCAUCAAGGAGGACUCCUUAAACACGGAGCAAGUGGCUGAGCUCUGGAAGGUCAAAGAGUUGCUGUCCUUUCCCAUCUGUUUUAUCCGCCUCCCUGACACGAUGCCCGCAGCAUCGCCGGAGCCCAGUCGCCGCACAGAGAAGGAAAAGGAGCGUGAGAAGAGCGCCCUCCAUAAGCAGCUGUUGUCCCUCGGCUUCCUAAGUAGCCUAGCAGGAAAUUGCUCCUGCGGCGCCCCGACGCAGAUGCCUACCCCAGGUGCCAAGCCUCAAAGCAUGCUGGGUGAGGCUUUUGAUAGACUGCACAGGAUUCUGGUGCCUUUUACACGCCAGGUGCUUCAAAACCAACAGGUGGAAGCUGCCAGCCUGCUCAACGGUCUCCACUGCCGGUGCCUUGAUCUUUUCAUCAACCAGGCUUUUGACAUGCAGAGAGAUCUGCAGAUAACCCCCCGCAGGCUGGAGUACACCCGUGAGAAAGAAGGGGAAUUGUUCACCUCGCUCAUGGCCAUCGCUAACCGCAAACAGGAGGAGAUGAAGGAAAUGAUUGUGGAGACACUUGGCAGCAUGAAAGAGCAGUUGCUGGAGGAUGCUGCUAACUUGGAGUUCAUGGAUGUAAUUGUGACAACCAAUGGUGAGCCGGUUACAUCAAAGGAGAUCAAAUCUUGCAUCCACCAAAUCCAAGAGCUGAUAGUGUUGCGCCUGAAUCAGGCCGUGGCCAACAAGCUCAUCAGUUCUGUGGACUAUUUGAGAGAAAGUUUCGUCGGAACACUGGAGCGAUGCCUCAGCAGUUUGGAGAAAUCCCACAUCGACUCGUCGGUACACAAUAUCACCUCCAAUCACCUGAAACAGUUGUUAAACGCCGCCUACCACGUUGAGGUCACCUUUCAUUCGGGAUCCUCUGUCACGCGACUCGUUUGGGAGCAAAUCAAACAGAUCAUCCACAGGAUAACGUUCGUGAACCCACCUGCUAUCUCGCACGAAUGGAAACGCAAAGUGGCCCAAGAUGCCAUUGAAAGUCUCAGCGCUGCCAAACUAGCCCGAAGCAUCUGUUCUCAGUUCCGAACCCGACUCAACAGCUCUCACGAGGCUUUUGCGGCAUCCCUGCGUCAGCUGGAGGAAGGCCAUACGGGGCGACUGGAGCGCACCGAGGACUUGUGGCUGCGCGUGAGAAAGGACCACGCCCCUCGACUGGCCCGCCUUUCACUGGAAAGCCGCUCCCUCCGAGACGUGCUGCUGCAUGGUAAACCGAAGAUAGGACGGGAGUUGGGCCGUGGCCAAUACGGAGUUGUUUAUCUUUGCGACAGUUGGGGCGGGCGCUAUCCAUGUGCCCUAAAAUCUGUGGUACCACCGGAUGAUAAACACUGGAACGAUUUGGCUUUGGAGUUUCACUAUACGCGGUCACUGCCCAAACAUGAGCGGCUCGUCGACUUGCACGGCUCCGUUAUUGACCACACCUAUGGCGAAGGCUCCAGUAUUGCCGUGCUGCUUAUCAUGGAGCGACUUCAUAGAGACCUCUACACUGGCCUCAAGGCUGGCUUGUCACUGAGGGAGAGGCUACAGAUCGCUCUGGAUGUGGUGGAGGGAAUCCGCUUCCUGCACAGUCAGGGCCUCUUACACAGAGACAUAAAGCUAAAAAAUGUUCUGCUGGACAAGCAGAACCGUGCCAAGAUUACCGACUUGGGCUUCUGCAAACCAGAGGCCAUGAUGUCUGGCAGUAUUGUCGGAACCCCUAUCCACAUGGCCCCUGAGCUGUUUACAGGAAAGUAUGACAAUUCUGUGGACGUCUACGCCUUUGGGAUCCUUUUCUGGUACCUGUGUACUGGUUCCGUUAAACUUCCAGAAGCCUUUGAAAAAUGCUCCAGCAAGGACCAACUCUGGAAUAAUGUUAAAAAAGGGGCCCGACCCGAACGCCUGUCCACCUUCGAUGAGGAGUGCUGGCAGUUGAUGGAGGCCUGCUGGAACGGCGACCCUUCCCAGAGGCCCCUGCUCGGUAUCGUGGAGCCCGGCCUGCAAAGCAUCAUGGUCCGCCUCUGCAGCUAUGACUCAGAGCAAAAAAGCAGCAGUCUGGAGGACUCGAACUGA